AUGAUACUCAUUGUUUUUUCUAAAGAUUAUUGUCCGAGUGAAGAAGUUGGUUCACUGGAAGCAUAUGGAAUUUUCCAGUGGCCAGAAACAGCAAUCGGAAUUCGUGCCACAAUUGCUUGCCCUUAUAACAAUGACUCUAUCGCGAGCCGUGAUUGCCUUUCUACAAACCAAACAGAAAGUGGGGGUGUUUGGGGGCCGUCUUUAGUUACGGAUUGCAAGUAUAUGGAGCAGCGAAGUGGAAAUCUUUUCCUAUUAUCUCAGAGAGAAGUUAAUAGUAGCAACGUUGUGAACAUCACUAAAGAGGUUAAAGAAUGGUCUUCUACUAAUCAAAACAACACUCUUAACCCUGGUGAUAUUGACUAUAUCGCUACAAUAUUAAACAGCAUUGCGCUGGUGAAAGAAAAAGCAAACGAGGUUCUCGACGACUUCCUCACAAUCAUAGACAAUGUGCUGGAUGCCCAACUUAAAAAUAUCGUAGAAAGUCAACAGAAUCGAAACUCUUCAUCGAGGAUUGUUGAAACUUUAAAUACGUUUGCAGAAUCAUUGGUUAUUGGCCCGGAAAGCGAACUUCAGGCGGUGAAAAAAAACUUUGAUAUUAGCUUACAAACAGUGAAGCCACAGAACUUUAGCGGACUUAAUUUUUCUGGCAUUAUCAGCAAAACAAAUCAAUCACAAACAAGAAAUAACACUUCAAAAAUACAGAGUAAUGAAGUAACACAAGUCUUGUCGCCUUCACUUAUAAUUCCGCGAACAAUAUUCAACGAAUCAACUGAAAAAAACAGAUCCGCAAACCAGACCGUCAUUUUUGUGCUCUAUAGAGAAACAAAAUUCUUUAUAUUAUCAUUGGCGGACACUACUAGGAGAUCAAGUCGCUUGAAUAGUCUUGUAAUUUCCGGAAGUAUUGAAGGGUUGUCAGUUUCAAAUUUAAGUGUUCCAGUAAACAUUGCACUACCAAGUAUUGAAAGAGGCGAAACAAAAAGCAUUCUGUGCUCUUACUGGGACUUCAGCAUAGGAAAUUGGUCGCAAGAUGGUUGCAAGUUUGAACGCGUUCUUGAAGAUGGAAGGGUGCUUUGUAGUUGCGACCAUUUUACCAACUUUGCAAUGUUGAUGGACAUAGCUCCAGGAGAGAAGACUGCACAUGACAAAAUACUUGGUGUAAUAAGUUACAUCGGCUGUGCGCUCUCAUUGGCUGGGCUCAUCUUGACAAUAUUUACGAUACUAAUUUUGAGGGAUCUUCGAACACAAAUUCCAAGCCAGAUUUUGCUGAACUUUUGUAUUGCGUUGUCGGUGACGUUAAUUGUGUUCAUCGCUGCCGUUGAGAAGACCAGGACAUCAUCACUGGCCGGCUGUCGGGCAGCGGCGAUCGCCCUUCAUUACUUCUUGUUAGCAGCAUUAUUUUGGAUGGCAGUAGAAGCGUAUAAUAUGUACUGGGCAUUUGUUAAAGUCUUUUCUGCUCCGUCCCGAGCUAAACUUUUAAUCAAAUGCUGUGUGUUUGCAUGGGGUACUCCUGCCGUAGUCGUGGGUAUAACAAUGGUAGUUGCACUGGAUAAAUAUGGCGACGGAACCUAUUGUCGGUUGCAAGGCGUACCUUUCAUUGUGGCAUUUCUAACUCCAACUGUUCUUAUCAUCGUUGGUAAUAUCGUGGCUUUUUGCUUCAUCAUUCGAUCAUUGCUAACUUCUGGUGCCAAGGUUACCUCUGACAAGAAAACAACGGGCUAUCAGCAAGCUCGGCAGGGGAUUGCGAUUAUGGUGCUGCUUGGUUUGACAUGGCUUUUUGGCAUUCUCGCGAUUGGCGAUGCCAAACUGGUGUUUCAAUACCUUUUCUGCAUUUUCAAUUCUCUUCAAGGGAUGCUUGUGUUUAUAUUUUUCGUUGUUUUACCUACUGGAACAAGACGAAAACUACAAAAACUAAGGAAAAGAAUGACUUAUAGUAAUAAUAGAAAUUGCGGUAAUGAUAAUCGAAGUGAUUUUCAGCUUAAAAAUUUGGCGGACGACAGCUCCCAGUUGAACAAAAAUGUUUAUUCCAACACUGGCGAUAUUCCAACACUGACCUCCGGUGCGGCUGAAUCAAAAUAUCAAAAUCCAACUUUUGACCAUCAAGCGUUUGAAAACCAUGUAAAGAAUGUCAGUGAUGAAGAAGAAGACAUGGAUCGUGUUUACGAGAUACUAGAUCAAAAAUUUGAUAACGAGUUAUGGUCAAACCCAAACGUGACUCGCUACAGUGUGAGAAAGAAUGGAACCACUUAUGUGACAACAAUUGAACUCAAUAUAAAAUAGAUUCCUUGCUCAGUUUAUGUAUACAUACAUAUAUAGAUAUAUAGAUAGAUAGAUAGAUAGAUACCUGAAAUUUCAUUAGAAUUGCAUAUGUUGUG